AUGCUGGCACUCUUGUUCCUGUUUUGCCUACUUUCUCUGGCUGCGUCUUCUUCCGCUCCUGCGUGCUCGAGUCCGACUCCGAUUGCGCUACCAGUCACCAAUGUCAAAUUGUCAAAUGGACAGGAGAUCCGAGGCAUACCACUGUCAAUCGGCACUCCUGCACAAAACUUCUCCUUUCAGCCGUCUGACUUCUUCAACGAUACAUGGGUCUUCAACACGAGCGCCGCCUUUUGCUGGCCAAACACCACAGAAACACAAUGCCUCUCUCAAAGAGGUGGGUUGUACGACCCCAGCCUGUCCAAAACCGCGGUGGGCGAUUUGAAUGUCUUCGAAGCCGGUGGAGAUUCUACAGACACCGAAGGCAGGGUGGAUGGUCCGCACGUUUGGUUCAACAAGUUUGCUAAAGACACACUACAUGUAGGCAAUGCCUCUGUGGAUAGCUAUCCGAUCGGGAUGGCAGGUCUCGAUUACGGGGAGUAUCUCAAUCCCCAAGCCAAUAUCGGAUUGGGACGGAACUCAACAUUGCUCAACGCCUUGAAAGACGCGGGACACAUUUCAUCUCGUGUAUGGGGUUACUGGCCCGGAAUUGACAGCGCGACAGCGAGCGCAGCUAUGGACGGCUCGAUUGUCUUCGGUGGAUACGAUGCGGCGAAGACGACUGGUGCAAAUCUCACUCUGCCGUUAGCACAGCCUUCUAAGGGCUGUCCAUCUGGCAUGUCUCUGAUCCUCACGAGUAUGCGACUCGAUUUUCCGAAUGGUACCGAAGCAGAUCUCUUGGCCCCUCAGACUAUAUCGGCUUGCUUCAGAGUCAACUUCCCGUCCAUCAUGACCGCGGCGUCGAAUCCCUACUACAACAGAUUCCUAGAAUAUACAGAUGUUACACCUAUAGACUGGAUCAAGCCACUUUACAGCCCUCGUGAUGUCUUUGUUGGCGAGUUGACUCUGGGCUUCAGCACGGGAUUCAGCGUCACCAUACCCAACGAUGUCUUGGUUGUUCCUGAUUCUAGUGUCGGAUCGGACGGUGCGGUUCAAACGAACAGCAGUGCAUCGAUCGUCAGGAUCGGAGUGCUCAUCGAUGCAAAUGCGAACGACAAUCCUACCAUCGGGAGAGAUUUCUUCGCGUCAGCGUAUCUCAUGGUCGAUCUUGAGGCCAAUACUUUUACUUUGUGGACCGCAAAUGCUACAUCAGACACGAAUCUUGUGACCAUUGACAGGGCCUGCUCGACGAAUGCCAGUAACGUCACCGACAACACGGAUGAUGGUACUGUUGCUACCAUCCCUGGCACAGCAAGCGAGACAGCGACGGCGUCACCCGAGACGAACGGCAGCAUACCGACCACUACAAUCGUCGGCGCUGUUGUCGGAGGAGUCCUAGGCGCUGGUGCAUUCAUUGCCACUGCUAUAUUCUGCGUUUGGCGGCGAAGAUCCUUGGCGAAGUCAAGCCAAAGCAUGACCGAGCUGACCACACAAGAACACACCUAUCCAGACGACAACUCCAGUGGGCCACCAUCAUACGUCUGGCGCACAAACGAGUUGGUAUGA